UGUAUUUCUCAGCUAGACUAAAUAAAUGUUAACUAUGGAUAAAUGCAAACACAUUGGACAGUUGCAGCUUGCUCAAGACCAUUCCAUUCUCAACCCUCAGAAAUGGCAUUGUGUGAACUGCAAUACAAGUGAGUCGAUUUGGGCUUGCCUUAGCUGUUCCCAUGUUGCCUGUGGGAGAUAUAUUGAAGAACAUGCUGUCAAGCACUUUCAAGAAAGCAGUCAUCCUGUUGCAAUAGAGGUGAAUUAUAUGUAUGUUUUUUGUUACCUUUGUGAUGAUUAUGUUCUUAAUGAUAAUGCAGCUGGAGACCUGAAGUUACUACGAAGUACAUUAAGUGCAAUUAAAAGUCAAAAUUAUCACUGCACCACUCGCAGGGAAAGGGUUUUACAAUCUAUCGGCAUAAGUGGUGAUUCUUGUUUCUUACAUGAUGGUGCCCAAUCUCUGCUUCAAAAUGAAGAUCAAAUGUAUACUGCUCUUUGGCACAGGAGAAGAAUCCUAAUGGGUAAAAUUUUUCGAAUUUGGUUUGAACAGUCACCCAUUGGAAGAAAAAGGCAAGAAGAAAAAUAUCAGGAAAAAAUAGAAAAUAGAGAAGUGAAGAAAAGACGGCAAGAAUUAGAGCAUCGAGUUAAAGCAGAAUUGGAAAGUAUGCCUCCAAGAAAGAGUCUACGUUUGCAAGGUCUAGCUCUGUCCACCACAAUAGAAUUAGUUCCUGUUCAAGAACCACUACUAACCUCAGCAUCACCAGCAAAAGAUCAAGUAGUAUCUACCUCAGAGGACGUAAGAUAUAAAAAAGCCAGUGACCCCUCAAUUAAACAAAGGCCAAUUGUCAUUCCUGGUGUAACAGGAUUAAGAAAUUUGGGAAAUACUUGCUAUAUGAAUUCUGUUCUUCAAGUGUUGAGUCAUUUACUUAUUUUUCGACAAUGUUUCUUAAAACUUGAUCUGAACCAAUGGCUGUCUGUGACAACGAAUGAUAAGACAAAAUCAUCUUAUAAGCAUCCACCAAUCACAGAUACAGUUUAUCAAGUGAAUGAAUGCCAAGAAAAAGAUAUGUUCUCUGUUCACUCCAGACAUCCAAGUUUAUCAUCCAGACUAAGUGUUGGAACAUCGAAGAGUAGAAAGAUGGAACUUAUUCAGCCAUGGAAGUCAAGUUCACAAUACAUUUCUCUCUGUCAUGAAUUGGUUACAUGUCUUGCAUGUGACAACAAAUCAAAUACCAUAGAACCUUUCUGGGAUUUGUCACUGGAGUUUCCCAAAAGAUACCAAUGCAAUGGAAAAGAUAUGGCUUCCCAGUCAUGCCUGGUUACUGAAAUGUUGUCCAAAUUCACAGAAACAGAAGCUUUAGAAGGAAAAAUCUACAUAUGUGACCAUUGUAACUCAAAGCGUAGAAGGUUUUCCUCAAAAACAGUUGUACUCACAGAAGCCCAAAAACAGCUUAUGAUAUGCCACCUACCUCAGAUUCUCAGACUACAUCUCAAACGAUUCAGAUGGUCAGGACGUAAUAACCGGGAGAAGAUUGGUGUUCAUGUUGACUUUAAAGAAAUCUUAAACAUGGAGCCCUAUUGCUGCAGGGAGUCCGUGAAAUCCCUCAGACCAGAAUGUUUUAUCUAUGAUUUAUCUGCUGUAGUAAUGCACCAUGGGAAAGGAUUUGGCUCAGGACACUACACUGCCUACUGCUAUAAUUCUGAAGGAGGGUUCUGGGUACACUGCAAUGAUUCCAAGCUAAGCAUGUGCACUAUGGAUGAAGUACGCAAGGCCCAAGCUUAUAUCUUGUUUUAUACCCAGCGAGUUACUGAGAAUGGACAUUCUAAACUCUUGCCUCCAGAAUUCCUGUCUGGUAGCCUACCUCCUAAUGAAGAAGCUGAUACCUUUAAUGAAAAGCUUAGUUGAUCCAAAGAUAGUGGGGCUUAUUGCGAUUUGUGUAUAUAUUUUCUCAAAGGGCUUAUUUACAAUUUUGAGCUUUGUUUUUAUUUUGUACUUAUGAAUCAGUGCAUACUAUGUUUAUAAUUUUUUAUCUACAAGUCUUUUUACAGAGACAAAGCAUAAAUAUAUGUAUAUCAAUGAUAGGUAACCUUUUUUCAAGUACUUGGGGAGUUUUAAGCUUUUAGUAUUUACCUCAGACUGGUGUUACUACCUCUUUUAUAUUUUAACUAGAGGCCCAGUGCAGGACAUUCAUGCACUAUGGGGCUGGGAGGCAGG